AUGGCAAGUAUUAUUCAGGCAUCUGCCGCUUUGCGUAAACGGAAGAACUUGAAGAGAGGAAUUCAGUUCACGGUGAUGGUUGUUGGUCAGUCUGGGUGCGGUAGGUCGACGUUCAUUAACACUCUAUGUGGACAGAAAGUGGUAGAUACUUCUACCACGAUUAUGUUACCAACGGACACAAAUACGCAGAUUGAUGUGCAAUUGAGGGAAGAAAUCGUUGAGUUAGAAGACGAAGAAGGUCUUAAGAUCCAAUUGAAUAUCAUUGAUACUCCGGGAUUCGGCGACUCUUUGGAUAAUUCUCCAUCGUUUGACAUUAUCUCUGAUUACAUUCGUCACCAGUACGAUGAAAUUUUGUUGGAAGAGAGCCGUGUAAGGAGAAAUCCUCGGUUUAAAGAUGGUAGGGUGCAUUGUUGUUUAUAUUUGAUCAAUCCUACUGGACAUGGAUUGAAAGAGAUUGACGUGGAAUUCAUCAGAAGACUAGGUACUCUAGUGAACGUGAUCCCCGUUAUCAGUAAAGCAGAUUCCUUGACCGCUGAAGAGUUGAAAUUGAACAAGAAAUUGAUCGCAAAGGAUAUCGACUAUUAUUCGCUACCUAUCUACAACUUCCCAUUCGAUGAGGAAGACGCGUCAGACGAAGAUUAUCAAACAAACACAUAUCUCAGAGGUUUACUGCCCUUCUCUAUCAUCGGUUCCAACGAUGUGUUUGAAUCUGCAGACGGGUCCGUGAUUCGUGGUAGAAAAUAUCCAUGGGGAACCCUUGACGUCGAGGAUGCUAACAUCUCUGAUUUCGUCGUCCUAAGGAACACUCUACUCAUUUCACAUUUACACGAUAUGAAGGAAUUUACUCAUGAGAUCCUAUACGAAAGAUACAGAACUGAAGCCUUGUCCGGUGAGAUGCCAACUGUAGGAACUACGACUCAUAACAGAGCUUUCAGCACCACGAACAACGAAUACCUAGGAUCACCCGCUGUAUCUGGUAGAGAAUCUGUGAGGGGCAAUGGAUUACCAUCUGCGUUGGGGAACAAUGAUUCGACUUCUUUACAUUCUAACAACGCGUCAUCGAACCAGGACACUUACUUGGCAAGAGAAGAACAAAUCAAGCUAGAAGAAGAAAGAUUAAGGGUUUUCGAAGAAAGAGUGCAACAAGAAUUGCAAUUGAAGAGACAGGAAUUGCUGCAAAGAGAGCAAGAAUUAAGAGAAAUCGAAGAGAGGCUAGAAAAGGAAGCCCAAUUGAAACAGGAAGGAAUCAAAUUGGAACAAUAA